UCCCCUGCUUCCCUCCACAAGCCUCUACACAACCUCUGCUAGUUUCUGAUCUCAUCCAAUGGCCACCUUCGCAGCAGCCACUGCUCCGGCCAAGCUCGCUGUCUCCGAGAUCUUCGGUAGCCCGCUUAACUUCACCGGUGCCACACGCUCGGCCCCAGCCUCUUCCGGUGCUGCCUCGGCCUCGAAGGUUGUUGCACUCUUCUCCAAGAAGAAGGCCGCUGCUAAGGCCAAAGCUCCUCCCACUUUCGUUGAUGAGGAGUUAGCCAAGUGGUAUGGACCUGACAGAAGAAUUUAUUUACCGGAGGGACUUUUGGAUAGAUCAGAAGUGCCAGAGUACCUCACCGGUGAAGUCCCUGGAGAUUAUGGUUAUGACCCAUUUGGUCUAAGCAAGAACCCUGAAAACUUCACCAAAUAUCGAGCUUACGAGCUUAUCCAUGCCCGUUGGGCCAUGCUCGGCGCAGCCGGGUUUAUUAUACCAGAGGCCUUCAACAAAUUUGGAGCAAACUGCGGUCCGGAGGCUGUUUGGUUCAAGACCGGUGCUCUUCUGCUUGAUGGAAACACAUUAAAUUACUUUGGGAAGAACAUUCCAAUCAAUCUGGUGCUUGCAAUUGCUGCUGAAGUUGUGCUUGUUGGUGGUGCUGAGUAUUACAGGCUCACCAAUGGACUGGAUUUGGAGGACACACUUCAUCCAGGAGGACCAUUUGAUCCAUUGGGACUUGCAAAUGACCCAGAUCAGGCUGCAAUACUGAAAGUGAAAGAGAUAAAGAAUGGAAGGUUGGCCAUGUUUGCAAUGCUUGGUUUCUUCCUGCAAGCUUAUGUCACUGGUGAAGGUCCUGUUGAGAACUUAGCCAAGCACCUCAGUGACCCUUUUGGCAACAACUUGCUCACUGUUAUCUCUGGUGGUGCUGAGAGAGCACCCACCCUCUGAGCACUCUUGUUCAAACAAUUAUUCACUUCUUUUUUCAUCUAAGAGCUUCUUGUAAAGUGUACUCCUGGUUGUAUUUUUAAUUUUAAACUCUUCUCAAUCUUCAACCUAAUCAUCUUCAUCUAUCAAGCAUGUUUGUUC